AUGUCACGGGAGGAGCCUGAGAGUCCCGAGCCAGAGGCGGCGGCAGGGGACGGCCCCAUCUCGGAGGAACUGAGUGGGGAUGAAUCCCACGGCAAAGACCCGGACAGGUGCACACCCCUGACAGAGCGUCCCACGUUCUGGCCCAGGCCGUGUGAGGAGCCAGUGCUGGGCCACCGCUCGUCCCUGUAUUUCGCCUCGCUGGAUGCCACCAUGGAGGGGCUGCAGCGGCGGGCUCGGGACAUCUGCAGCCGCCUCGCCGAGAGCCGCCAGGAAGACCAGACGGUGCUGAGCGGCUUCAGGGAGAGCUUCCUGCUGAAGGUCUCAGAGCUGACGGAGCAGCUGGAGGAGCAGCUCUUCCACUCGUACGGCUUCCACAACAAGCUGAUCCAGCAGCGGCUGCAGGAGCUGGACGAGGUGAUGGAACGUGUGGAGGAGGUGCAGGCCGAGCUGCGCUGCAUCUGCUGCGCCGUAGAGGCGGCUUAUCAGGAUCUCUGCCUGCAGCCCGAGGCCUGAGGGCACCCCCAGACCUGAGCAGGACCCCCCCCCAAAACCCACGAGACCGCAGGGCUGUGCCGGGCCAAAGGAGGAUUUUGGCCCCAAAGGGCUUUUUUGUUGCUGUUGCUGUUGGUGGUUGGAACAAAUAAAGGGCUGAAGCCGGCCCAAAA